AUGACUCCAGACCCAGAGGAGUCCAUCAGGUGCACUUUAUCCUGCUGCAGCUGCGUGUGUUUCAGACCAGGAAGUGUACAGCUCAGGUCAUGUGAUUGCUGUGGACACGGCUGGGUGGCACAUGCACUGGAGAAGCUCCAGGCCCAGCCUCCCUCCAGCUGUGGUCCAGUGGAGGUGGCUCUUCCUGGGGUGGUGUUCGACCUGAGCUCCCUGGUCUUGUACGGAGCUCAGGCCAUUCCUGUUUGUCUCAAGAUAUUGCUGGACCGCCUCUACAGCAUCCUGACCCCAGAGCAGGUCGGACACAUACUUCACACUUUGGGCUGGAAUUUGGGGGAUUAUGUUAGAGGCUACAUGCUGCAGUUUCCCAGUGGAAAAGUUUUGGACCGCUGGUUUAUGGUGACUCCAGAAGAAGAAGUGCUCAUCUUAAAACAGUUCCUUCGCUUUGGAGAGACGCGACCCAUAGUCGAGUUGAUGCUUCAGACUGCAGACGGUGCUGAAAUCCUCUCUGAUCCUGAGCUGAAACCCACACACAGCAGCUGCCAGUCAAGCACGAAAGAAGGAACGAUGAUGAUGUUAAGGAGUUCAAGAGGAGAUUCACGACUGGAGCUUAUUCCUCCCAGUAAGCUGACACAGUUUCUACGAAAGUCCCAUUGCAGCAAAUUGGUUGAGAAGCACAAGCCAGAAGGAGGAAGAACAGACCAAGAGACUGAUCCAAUCUUACCUCAGUGUAUAGGAGAACUGGCCGUAAAAGUCAAAGCAGACCCCGAUAAGCCAAGCCCGCCUCGCUCGCUGUGGUAUCCCUCCUUCCACAGUGAGCAGGACUAUGACCUUCAGAGGGGAACAGCCAAACACGAGAGAGGUCGGAAAGGGAGGGUCUGCUGUGGCGUUUGCGGGAAAAGCUUCUAUGACAAAGGAACACUGAAGAUCCACUACAACGCUGUCCAUCUGAAGAUCAAACAUCGCUGUACAGUGGCAGGCUGCACCAUGGUCUUCAGCUCGCUGCGUAGUCGAAACCGACACAGCGCCAACCCAAACCCAAGACUUCACACGAGCAGCAGCAGAGACACCUACAGAAGCUCUGACCACACAAGCGUUCACACUGAUACACAGAUACAUGGCUCUAAACAGGCUCGCAAAAGCACACAAGACAGUCACAUCACCACCCCAAUUUCCCAAGAAAGUUGUGACACUCCGAGAGCAUCCCAUUACUGCGAAGGAAAUCGGUGGCAGCCGGAGUCAAUUGACCCCGUGCCAAAGAAGAAGCCCAGGAAGUCAAGCAUGCCAGUGAAAAUAGAAAGAGAGAUGGUGGAGCGGAGGAGACACGAGAAUGAAGAGGAGUACUGA